GCCGGAAGCGGCGGAAGGGUUUGGCAGGUGGACCCAGCAGGGCGGAAGUCGCUGAGGCGAACGGGGGUGGCGGCGGCAGCGAGCGACGAUGAACAACAAAUUCGACGCAUUGAAAGAUGAUGAUAGUGGAGACCAUGACCAGAAUGAGGAAAAUAACACACAGAAAGACAGUGAGAAGGAAAAGAAUGAUCGUGAGAAGCCACAGAGUACUACCAAGAGGAAGGCUGUGGUCCCGGGGCCGGCUGAGCACCCUUUGCAGUAUAACUACACCUUCUGGUACUCCCGACGCACCCCCGGGCGGCCCACCAGCUCACAGAGCUACGAACAGAACAUCAAACAGAUCGGCACCUUUGCCUCCGUGGAACAGUUCUGGCGGUUUUACAGUCACAUGGUACGUCCUGGGGACCUGACAGGCCACAGUGACUUCCAUCUUUUCAAAGAGGGCAUCAAACCCAUGUGGGAGGAUGAUGCCAACAAAAAUGGUGGUAAAUGGAUUAUCCGUCUGCGGAAGGGCUUAGCGUCACGGUGCUGGGAGAAUCUUAUCCUGGCCAUGCUGGGAGAACAGUUCAUGGUAGGGGAAGAAAUCUGUGGGGCCGUCGUCUCUGUGCGAUUCCAGGAAGACAUCAUCUCCAUAUGGAACAAGACAGCCAGCGACCAGGCCACGACAGCCCGGAUACGCGACACGUUACGAAGAGUGCUCAACCUACCUCCCAACACCAUCAUGGAAUACAAAACCCACACCGAUAGCAUCAAGGAUAAUUCAAGCUUUCGAAACACAAAAAUCACAUUGUGAGAACAAGAGUUGGCACUAAGCUCCUCUCUCCGUGUUGAAAGCACUGAGAGUGCCCUCCGACCUCUGAAGGGACUCAUGGGCCACUCUCGCACUCCUCCCUGGGGGAAGGAUCCAUCUCAAGCCCUCCAGCAGCGGUGACAAUAGAGGCCGAUUUUGUCUUACACAAACUUUUUUUUAGCAGUGGGGCGGGAGGCAGCCUUUCAAUUAGCAGCGGGCCCUUGGGGCCGCAUCUUGCAGCACUUUCCUCUCUUUCUCUACAUGGCGCGCAGGAUCUCUGGGAUUCUGCCUCAACAUCAGAGCCUUUUGCUGAGGGAUACCAGUAUUAUAAAUCUCUCUGCAGCUGGGAGGAGCAUCCCAGUUGAGAGUCAGCCCUGUGGUUUUCAAAUGCCCCUUUUCAGUUCUGCCAAUAAAUUAUUGGGUCUCUUUGUUUC